UUAGAGUUAUGGCAGGUUCCUCAGAGACCGCUGAAGGGGACUUGGAAUGCGAUAUCUCAGGAGGGAAUGUCGAGACCUUUAUGGAGACACUCCAACUUGCUGGUCAGUUGCCAGCAGAUGAUGUCUUACAAACCCUCAAGUUGCUGGAAGUCAAAAUCCUAAAUAACAAGCUGGGAAUUACAGUAUACCAGAAGGUGACAGAUGUCAUUGUCAACUACCUGAGGACAAUGAAGCCAGAGGGAGAACUAGAGGAUAUGUGCACUGCGGUCCUACUGGCUCUGGGGUCCCACUUUCCAGGAAUGAUCGUCAUCAAGCUAUGGGACAAACUUCCUGUGCAGAAUGUGCCCCCAAGGAGCCUCCUGGUUGCAGUGGGGAAGCUCAGCCUCUGCCAGGGUACAGUCGCCUACAUUGGUGUCACAUGGGAAUAUAUCCUGCGCGUUCUAAGGAUGGCUCAAGAGGAGAAUGACAUGUUGGCACUAUGUCAUGUGCUCUACGGACUGGUCAUCAGUGCCCAGAAGCAUUUGGAGCUGGGCGCUGACGAUGAUGAAAUUAUGGGCAUCACAAAAGAGGCAGCAUCCAUCAAGGCCUACCACACCUUCCGGGUUUUCUUCAACCGUUGGUCCCUGAAGAACAAGGACAAGGUGACAGAACAAGUUCUGGUGAUAAUUGGCCACCUCUUCUCUCUCAUGCCUCCAUCCAAACUCAAGAACGAAGUGAAGCGGUUAACCCGAUGGUUAAUGACUUUGAAAUCCACAAAAGUGACACCAUUCUACAUUUCCCAGUGUAUUUGCCAACUUGUGGGUGCCCUGGCUCGCAGUGACUGCAGAGGAAUUAAUGUGGAAUCCCAGCUGGAAAACAUUACAGGCAUUCUGUUCAACCAGCUGAGUGAAGAAGUCAACAACUCAGAUCCUAACUCUGUAAAGAACCACAGCCUCACCCUGAAGGCUUUCCACAUCCUGACAAAGUUGUACAGCGAUCAGGUGGUAUUCUUAAUACGGAAGACCAUGGAAUCCAAGGACCCAGCCAAGGCAGUAUCAGCCCUUCAAGUGUUCAUGAGUGUGUUCGAGGAAGUGCCCCAGACAGAGAAACUGCAGAGAGAGGUGAUGCAUUCAACCAUUAUUGUGAUUCAGGACAACCUCAAACCAGUAUCCUUGCCCAAAUUGAUCACCUUGGUGUGUGAGCCCGGCAAUACCUUGGCCUUCGUGCCCCUGAGUAAGACGGCCACAGAAAUGGCGCUGAAGGCCCGGGCCCUGGGCCAGUUUCCCUACCUCAGCAGCUUUCACCUCAUGCCCACCCAGUUCAUCUCCCCACAGAAACUCCUGACCCAUCUUGUGAUGUUUUCCCGGAAGCCCUACAGAGAAAAAGAGUUUGGUACAAGCUCCCUAAGGCUACUACAUGCUCUGCAUCCGAUCACCUCCCUGCACCCCGUUAUCAACUCUAAUGUGGGCCAGCUCUGGAUGAAGGCAAUCCCCCAGAUGCUGCAGAUACUUGAUGAUCACACUGAGAAGAACCUGAGUCAGAAGAAGUGGGAUAGCACGCUGCUGCAGUUUUUGAAUCAGUCACUAGUGGCCAUCGAUGAUGACAACUGGCUGGAGCACCUCGUCAAAGUCGUCCUGGAGAGGAUACGUUAUUUCAGCGAUGAUGAGGCGGAAAAGGGUUUCCUAUAUAAAUUCUUUGGCUUCACCCUUCGGACAUCAAGGAGUAUAAAACUGGUGAAGAUAAUGAUCUCUUCUAUCCUACAAACUGCCCACGAGAAGCUGCAGGAAAGGAAGGAUCUGUUCAAGGAGACGCUGCAAUCCCUCCAAAGGCUAAUGGAGGCACUUAUUGUUGAAAUGCCCACUCGGAUCCAGAACUGCUUGGAGUUUCUGGACACAUGGCUUAACUCCCAGAAGGACAAUGAGCGUGAACGGGCCAUGUGGUGUGCUGCACGGAUUCUUGGCUUCACUGCAAAAAUGAAAAACUUCGAGAGGGAAAUCGAGUUCCCCCGCCUGGGGCGCUUGGUGAGGCUGCUGGCCUUACGCUGCCGGGACCCAGUGGAAAACAUCUGCUUCCUGUCUUCCCAGGCCGUGUACAACCUCUACUGUAUCCUCCUGCAGCAAAAGAAGAUGGAAAGGAAGCAUCAGGGCUUGUGGACAGAAGAAGAGGGCAAGCCUGGAGUCUAUAGUGCCAAUGUGUUCUACAACAACACCUCUGAGAUUGCCAAGGCAUUUGCAGAGUACUUCACCCAGAUCCAGCUCACCACCCUGGUGCUCACGGCCAUGGAGGGCCUGACAGACAGCAGGGCCAAGGUGUCUCUGGCUGCAGCCCAGCUGAUGGGUGCUGUAAUGGAAGAGCGGGGCCGAGAGAUGAUAAAGAUUGAGGAAAUUGUGGAGGGCAUCAUGGAACGGCUCAACAUGCAGCUGGAGCCCAGCACAAAGGAAGAGACCCUCCGGGCCAUGUGCUCGCUGGCGGGGAACAACACCCACAUUGUUGUGCCCAUGCUGCUCAACAGGCCCCUCCCUUGGGAUAGAACCAAUCUAGCCCUGUGGAAGUUGUUUGGCACCCGGCGGGAAACCACAAUCAAUGUCCUGCAGCUGCUCAUAGACAUCCUGGAAAAGCUCCGCUCCAGAGAGGAGACGACGGAGAUGGCCUCCCAGCCGGUGGCGGUGGCGUGUGCCUUGUGUGAGAUGCUAUCUGGGUCCCUGUGCCAGGAGGCCAUCCAGGAACUCUACCCACGGCUGUUGCUGGCUGUGCUGUGUCAUCUCUACUGGGUGAUUGAGCAAAAUGCUCCCCAGAAGAUGGUGGUCUUCAGCAAAGAUGGGUGGCAAGGCAACAAGGGCAAGCCUUUUGAUCCCACUAGUUGUGCGCUGGAGGUAGUGAAGUUGGUGCUAUUGGCAGCUGCAUAUGAGGGAGUGGUGGUCUAUGCAGAUCAGCAUCGCUGCUGGGAUCUUCUGUCUUGCCCCAAAUUUUACUACAUGGGGAUCAUGGAACUGACAAGUGGCCUUGUGAAGAACUGUAAACCAGCUGUUCUGCACCAGAUCCUAAACCUUGUCAGGAACCUCCUCUCUAGCGUCAAAGAUCGUCAGAAGAUCCUGGCCAGGGCCUUCUACGCACAGCUUCUCUGGCACCGAUCAGUGGCUGAGACUGUGGCGCAAGAUUUUCUGAGCCGUGUAAUCAAGUGGCUCAAGGACCCCAACCUCAUCAUGAAGGAAGUUGGGCUCCGUGGGAUCAGUAAUCUGGCCCUGCACCCGGGACAAUCAGAGUCUCUGAAGAGCCUGGUUCCAUUCUUGCUAAGCUGCCUGCAGAAUGAGGUACGAGUGACAGUUCAGGCAGUGAAGAGCCUGCGGAACAUCAUCUGCCACAGGCAGGGAGAGGAUACCAAGGUGGUCUUUGGCAGCAUCUCCAGGCAUCUGCGUCCACUCAUCAGUGAUGAGAGGGACCAAGUGAGGAUCUCAACCAUGUCUGCCCUGGGCCACAUGCUCUGUCAAGUUAACAAGUUCAAGCCUGGACCCGUCCUCCGCAGAGAGAUCUACAGUUUUUUAGUCCCACUGCUGCUCAACUUUCAGGACAACAACCCCGAGGUGGUCAAGGCCUGUGGAGGGGCCCUGACUGAGUGGACUAAGGUGAUUGGCUGGUCGUCGCUCACAAAGACAUUCCAGCAUACCACCCUCAGUGAUCACAUCCAGGUGUUGAAAGAAACGUGCAAUUACCUGGCAAGCACGUGUGAAAAACAGCUCCUGGGGGAGUUUCUGUCCCAGAGCUUUGACUUCCUGAAGAGGUCUCAGUCCUUCCAAAGGGCAGCUGCAGUCUAUUUCAUAGGAUUAAUAGUUAAGAAGAUAAACAUGAGUCACAUACAUGAGGAUGACGUCUGGCAGUUACAGAGUGCUCUUCGAAGUGUGAAGAAUGAUCCCGUGGAAUCUAUCCAGACUUUAGUCCAUACUACCCUGAAAAAUAUUGACCAUCUUGUUAACGCCAGGCCUGUCCGUACCUCCAGGCUAAGCCAGCUGAGCACUAAUUUCUUCAAAGUCUCUCCCAUAAAAACCCCAAAAAGAAAGAAGCGACUGUUUAAGAUUGUCAAACGAGAAAGAGGUGAUGACAAUCAGAAAAAGAAAGUCUGGAAUUGGCUCCGAGGCAUACAUUCACUGAACGACCAGCACAAAGGGAGUGUGAACAAUACUCCGCUUGAAAUAGGCAGCUUUCAUAAAAAGUCAACACAGUCACAAUCACAAAAGUCUGAAAGUUCCUCUGAAGAGACCGAGCCUGUCCAAAAACCAGUUUCUCCUAGAGUCACUAUUAACAUUUAGAGCUGGGGACAAACUCCUUUUCCAAUUGUUUAUCCAGAUGUCAGUGCUUCACUCCACAGUAGUCUCCCACACCUAUUGUCCAACUGGGUGGGCUACUUUGGAUUAGCCCAAGGCGGCAGUUUUGAUCUUAGAAGAUACAGUGUGUUUCUUCCUUUAUCUCCCUAAGGGAUUGUUGGCUAUUAGCAUAUACACUUGUCAAUAAAACUUAU